CUCACGAGUCUGGCCCACCGCGAACUCGAACAGCACAAGGAGCUGCGUGAAAUGGUACGGAUAGCCGCGUGGGAAAUGCCGCUGCUCUCCCAGCUCGCCAAACCCUUCCACCCUCCCGAGGCCACUCAACAGCCCCUCCGAUGGCGAUACACCACAUACCUCGGCGAGUCGCAUCCCGCCGCGAGGAAAGUCGUGGUGGAGUUCAAGCCACGCUCCCUCAAUCUCGACCGCCCGCAGCGCGUCAAACUCUUGAAGCUCGUGGGGCCGCGGUACAAUCCCACCACAAGGACGGUGAGGAUGAGCUGUGAGUCGUUCGAGACGCAGGCGCAGAACAAACGCUUCCUCGCCGACACCAUCAACAAGCUCAUCGCCGAGGCGCAGGAUGGGACGGCGGAUUCUUUCAAGGACGUUCCGUUGGACCUGCGACAUCACACGCCGAAGCAACGCCAUCGGUUUCCCAGAGCCUGGGGGAUGACACCGCAGCGGAGAGAGGAGCUUGAGGGGAAGAGAAAGACGUUGCUUUUGGAAGAGGGCAAGAGAAUUGAGCAGGAUCGAUUGGUCAGUGGGGCUGCGACUCUGGAG